GGAGAUUUAAAUUACGAAACCGUGAAAAGGGGACGAGUUGGGAGUAGUUUUCCCUGACAGCAGGAACAUGGAUUGCGUUCAGUUGAAAGUAUUGCAGCUGGUAAAAACAUUCAGAAAAGAGCGUUAUAAAUUGUCUGAAUCUGAAAGAACCACAGUAUGCGGUGCAGAUAGCAUGCUCAUGGUCUUGCAGCUUGCUAUGGCAGAAAUAAAUAAAGAGUCCUGUGGAGAAUUCAGCAUUGCCUUAAGUGAUGUGCUUGUGUCAUGGAGGCACUUACUUCAGGAGAAACUAAACCUGCUGAGUGAAGGUGAAGAAGCACCAGAAGGAUACGUUAAAGUUCGAAAAGCUUAUGAUGCUUUCCUGACCAGAAGUAACUCUGUUGACCUGAUUGAUGUGUACAGGAUUUGUAUUGAGUUAAAACCUGAAAAUGGACUUCGAGAAAUGUUAUCUGUGGUGCAACUGUUCGACUUCCUGUCGGGAUCAUCUGAAACUUUGGAUAACUCCUUGAUCUCAGUUCCCACUUCCCCAUCCAAUGGGUAUCCAAUCAAUUCUAAGUUGGCCCUGAUGGUGAAGAAGCUCCUCUGUGAUUAUUUGAACUUACUGGUGAACUCAAAGAGUGAUCUAGCUUUGGCAUGUGUGUUCAACAGCCCUGAUCGAGGACUUGGAAGGAAUGCCUUCACUGAUCUCCGACAUGCGGCACAAAGCAAACAGACCUCUCUAUUCUUGGCUGCAACAUCCUUUAUUAGAAGUCUAGAGCUGGGAGGAAAAAGCUAUGCUCCUUCAGAAGGAGAUCCACUUAAACAGCACGUUAAAGGACUUUUAGAAUUUGUGCAUUUCACAGAUGCAUUACAAGAAAUACUGGGAGAAACCGCAGACUCCAGUAUUGCAGGGGGUCGAAUUCUCACUGUGAUCAAGACGCGGCUGCUAAAAGGCCAUGGCUGUGAGAGCCCACUUUACCUCGCUGCAGAGGAAGCCACACGAGAGCUAAGAAUGAGGAUUAACAAUAUUAUCAAUUGCCAGCGUGAAGCCAGAGACGGAGCAGCUACAGGCAUCAGUCCAGCACGGCCUCGAGUUUAUGCUAUCAACCAUGCCUCAGCAUACGGUGGCAGGGAUACUGUGAAAGCAUUCCUCGCUCUGAUGGAUGAGGAGGCAGCAAAUCUUCCAAGCAGAAACAAAGCUGAGCUGCUGCACGGAGCAGAACACCAUAACGUCUUAGGAUUGCCUUGUAUGUUAACUCUCUUCAGAUCUCCAGAGCAGCCAAGUGGCUCAUCUCCAAAGCCUUUGCGCAAUCGUGUUCAAAGUCGAGUCCGUGAAGGAAAAGCCAUUAAGGUGAAGCACAAUCUGAUUAAAUCCCAGUUUUCGUGCACAUACAAAGAGGAUGAUGUAGUGACCAACAAUCUUCAGAACUAUCGAAGCCUCAGCCAAGCUCCAACAUGCGUUCACCCAGGACCAAAACGUGUUCCAGAUAUAUACUGUGACAGUACAUCCACUGAAGAUGAAUGUGAACCUAGAACAUCAGCAGCUCACUCACCAGUCAGUAAAGAAUGUGCAGUGAAGAAACAUGGACUUGGGAUGAAGGCUGGGAACACUCAACAUAAGCAAAGCGUGAAUCUGAAGGGCAGCAGGAAAGUGACCAAGCGGAAACUGACCGAGCUGAACUCUCUUUCGGAAUGCAAUGAUGCAAGUGAGCCACGGCAGAAGUCUGGUAAAACGAAUGAUGUGAAGUGCAUCCCAUUGAAGGGUAAAAUAGAUAUGAAAAUGCCAAUGUCAUCAAAGAGAGGCAAAAAUGCAGCCAAGAAUAAGUUAAUUCCUGGACAAGGAAAGUUAACGCACUUUUUUAGAAUGUAAAAUUGUCAGGAUUUCUUCUGUUUGUUUAAAAGACUAUUGGGUAUACUUUUUAAAUAUUGACCUUGUUAUUAACUUGAAGUGAUUCAUUCUGAAAUUGUUUUUUAAUCAAAACUAUGUGAAUAAUGUUUCCUUGCAGCAAUGUAAUCAGGCAUGCACAAUUUGUAAUACUUUAUUAAUAUAAUGAUUCCAUUGAUCGCUCAGUAACAAAAUGCAGUUUCACAUCAUGACUUUGGCUAUUAAAGUACGAACAAUAAAGUAGAUUGACAUUUAAGCAUGCAUUUUUCACUAUCAUUUGAUACAAGGAGAAUACCUUUUUCUAAACAUCA